AGAACCACCAAAAUCUCCAUCCCCUCCGUGCACCGGAUUCCAUCCAACUGCUCCACCACUCUAAUCUCUCUCUCAUGGCGACGGCCACCGCGAGUCGGCCCAGCGGCCCGGUCCUCUCGAUCCCCAGCUACCGCUCCGCCUCGCCCACCCGCGUCAAGGUCGCCACCCGCUCGCCGGGCAAGUCCGUCAGCGUCUCCUCCCCGUCCUCCACCAGGAGCCGUCGGUCCUCCUGCAUGUGCUCCCCGACGAACCACCCGGGCUCGUUCCGCUGUAGCCUCCACAAGGAGCGCAAGCAGCCAGCCCACGCUGGCAGCAGCAGCAGGCCCGCCUCCCCGCCUUCCCCGCCGUCCACCUCGAAGAGCACAGGCGGCGCGCUGGCGAGGCUCGUCCCCAUGGGGAGCGGGCACUGGGCACGCAGGGCGCUAGCGCCGUCCCCCGCGGCGCAGCAGUCGCUACAGCACCGGAGGCGCGCGGGCGGGUUCCGCCCCCGGCCGAGCAGGCUCUCCGCCGUGUCCACGGCCGGCGACAGCCAGUAGACGAACAACGUCGACAUGCCAUGGCAAGAUAGUAGAGUAGUACUAGUAGAUAGCAAAGAAAUUGCCUGAAGAAUUGGAGUUUUUAGAACCAAUUCGAUACCUGCCUGGAGAGUUGAUGAGCCCGUCCGUAACUGUACAUAAUGCAUUUUUCUAGAAAGCAUGAAUGGCGUUAAUUGAGAUUCAAGAAGCAAA